UCGAUGACACGUCCAUGAAGCAACAGCCGCCGCCGCACUUUGCCACAAACAGCAACUAUCAGCAACAGCCACAUCUGCAACAUCAGCGCAGGGCCCAGCCCUUUAACUUUUAUGCACGCGACUACUACUUCCAGCAACAGCAACAGCAACAACACCAGCAGCAACAAUCGCCCCAAACAACUCUUAGCAAUGGCAACAUGAGGCAGCAGCAGCAACAGGAACACCAGCAACAUCUACAUCUACAGGAGCAGCAACAUCGGGAACAGCCGCAGACGAUCAUCAUCGAUGAGAGCGACGACAAUGAGGUGGACGAGGAGCAGCGACAGAAUUUCAAUCAGUAUAUGGCCCAGAUGAAACAGUUUGCUGGCCCCUGCCACUCGGCUGGCGGAGAGGAUCCCCAUGAGGCCAUUAAGACAUUGUGCAAUAUCAGCAGCAACAGCAACAGCAACAACGCAACAAAUGCCAAUCAAACGGAAGCUACUACAACUACUACUAAUAGUAACGAUAAUGCUAAUAAUAAUAAUAAUAAUAAUCAGAGUUAUGCUAACAAUACUAGGAACUACAGCAAAAGGCAGCCGGCACCGUGAGCACAGCAACCAAUUGAUACUCAAAAUACAUAAGGAAAUCAAACAGAAAUCUUAAAUGUUGACCAUUGACCAUGCAAAACGUUGAAUGGUAAGCCAAAUUUAUUUGUCAAUUAUGUAAGCGGAAACGGAAAAGGAACGGAAUGGAACGGAACGGAACGGAAAGGAAAGGAAGGAAUCUAAAGCUGAUCUGUGCGGGAGGCGACACAUUAUCAUGGUUUCAACUGGAUACGGAUGUUGCAGUCAUCCCCACAACACACACACACACAACACAAAAAGCCAAUCCCCAAAUGUCGUAUAUAUUGUAGGCAAGAGUACGAGUAUCGUAAGAGAAUUUAUGCAUAAACCAAUUGUAAUUGUAACGUCUUGUUCGUGGGGCAAGCAAAAGGGUUUCCAAGGCAGCUAGGCAGGAGGUAGACGGUAGACAGUAGUCGGAAAAGCUAUUAGAGAUGAGAAACAGUUUUGAAAUCGAAGCACUCAAAUAUUAAACUAAACCUAAUCUAAAUGUAUUUCAAGAUCUACUCAUACGUAUAUAUGGAAUUAGAAAUUUACGAAUUACUGACUGCAAUUGUUGGACCUGUCAGACUCUUGUGCCAAAAAUUCUUUUGGUGGUAGUGCCAACUCCUUUGGCUGCACUCUCUUUGCACCUGUUUGUUGUUGCAUUUAACACACUGAUAUGUGCACCCCCAUAUACACACACACACACACAUACUUAACCCACCAAGAAGUGGCUCCGACACUCAGAGCCAGCGACGAACAUUGAAGACAUUUUACUCGUACAUACUCGUACAAGAGAUUUCUGUGCUGCUAACCAUCUUACUGUUUUUUAUAUAAAUACAUACUAUAUAUAUGCGAUCUAGUGGAUGUCGUUUCGAUGUUACCUUUGCAUAACACUUAGCCAAUAGACGUACAUGAGAGAACUGUUAAAUAGAAUGAAAUGGGAACGGAAACGGAAAUGGAAUUUAAUCGAUAUUUACAUGAAACUUAUCUGCAAAUAUUUAUCUACAAUGUACAAAUCUGUGCGUUUGAUCCGUGUUAGUUGACUUUGAAGACAUGCAUUACAGCAAGCCCUAAUCUUAGACAAGCAGUUUUAAACUAAACUAAUUCAUUGAUUAUACAUGCUAAACUAAUGUUAAUUUAUUUAUAACCAUUUGGAGAGUCUCGAACUGGGCGGCAGCUGAUCGAACCAAUCUGUUGUAUUAUAAGAGUAGUUAGCCCUGACGAAGAUGAUGGUCCGGAUCCAGCUGAGGUGGAUUUUUCGUGUUUGUUAUCCAGUCUAUACGAUAUACCACAUACGAUAUACAGGCAGACAGACUCUUCUUACCGUGUAAAUAUGAUUGAUGAUUCUCCCACGAUUUCUGCUAGUUAAUGUAUAUUUAAAUUCAAUUCUUUUGUAAUUUGUUGUUGUACAUUGAUUGCCAAAUCCCCGAUGUUGGUGCGCACACACACAAACACAAACACACACACAAAAACAAAAACACACACAUGAAACAAACAUCUAAUUGCCUAAAGAAUUAAUGCAUAA